GUUAUGUCAGCUGACAGUGAUGGUUCCUGUGUCAGCUGUCAUCACAUCAGCAGUCAGGACAGCUCAGUGAACAGUCUUGUAUGUCACAUCACACAAGCUAAUGAAAUACGUACAUUUUGUGUCUGAUAGAACUCCUUAUAACUUUACAGUAGUGACCCUAAAUAAAGAAAGGAAAUGAUAGAAUUCUUACCAUUUUUAGUGUUUUAUCAGUGAUAGCAAUAUUUUAGUGUCAAAAUAGUUCUCAGACAAGAAAUUAUAACCUUGGUCUGAAAAUGAUUGGCUCUAAACAAAGUGCAUUUUAUGUACUUAUAUGAAAAUGGAAUAUAAUGAGAUAGACUUUGUAUAAAAAAUGAGUGGACAUAGUGGCUGUGUCACUUGCAACGAAGGGUCAGACCAUUAUGACACCAAACAUGAAGACUGUUCGGAAGGGGAAGAUGCUCAAAUCAGAAUCGCACCCCAUGUACAAGCUUACUUGGCUCAUAACAAUUCAACGACUAACUGCUGUGGAUUUGCUAUACCUAUCGCUUUCGAAAGAGCAGCUGCCGGAACGUGGUGGAAUCCACGUUUUGACUCGGAAAUACUCGAAGGUCAAUACAGAAGUAGCUCAUUUAGGCAAAUAAGGCUGCGGUUCAGAUUUGCACUUUUAUAUAUUUUGAUAUUUUCUGUGUCAUGGUUCAUUUACUUUAUCGUCCUCGGCAUGAAUGGUGUUAAUGUCAAGUGGAAAUUUUUGUGUUCUUUAUUUGCUGGCGUCCUUCUCAUUACGUGUGUUAUGCUGUUUGUUACAUUCACUAACAUAUACAAGCUGUAUACAUCCAAGCUGUCCUUAAUAAUGGCGCUGGCUCUGUGUUCAUUGAGUCUGUCGCUAGUGACGCUGACGACACAGUUUCAAACAGAUUUAUAUAAAACAGCGGACAUCAGUCAAUCUGGACAUUUUACUAUGUGUUUAGAGAUCUUGCUGAUCAUUUAUACCCUGACUCCAUUGCCCCUGUUCGCUUGUGUCAUCACGGGAUUAUUGUACUCCAUAGUUUUCGAAGUACUGAACGUCAUCGCGCAGUUAUCCGAACAUGAAUUGCACUAUUCCGGAAUUUUCGUUAGAAUUCUGCUCCAGCUCUGCGUGCACAUUAUUGGUGUACAUAUAUAUCUUAUGACAUUUGUGAGAAUGCGCGGCACGUUUAUGAAAGUGGGUCAAAGUUUAUUAGUGAGGAGACAGCUGGAAAUGGAAAAACAGUUGAAAGAGAAAAUGAUUCAUUCCGUUAUGCCGCCGAAGCUUGCGAGCUGUUUGAUGAAGGAGCAGGUCUUCGAGUCGGAUACCAAUUUGAAGAGACACGAUCCUUUGAACCCUAGGACCUCGCAGCCGGGCGCCUCAGAUAUCAAAUCACUUUUUAGACCUUUCAAUAUGAGUUCGAUGGACAACGUGAGCAUACUGUUCGCUGAUAUCGUCGGCUUCACAAGAAUGUCCAGUAAUAAAGGCGCGGAAGAACUGGUCAAUAUAUUGAACGAUCUUUUUGAGAAAUUUGACGAGUUGUGUAUAAGUCAUGGCUGCGAGAAAAUAUCGACUUUAGGGGACUGCUAUUACUGCGUGUCCGGUUGUCCGGAGCCCCGGCCGGAUCACGCGACCUGUUGCGUCGAAAUGGGACUCGGAAUGAUAGAUGCAAUUCAGGAAUUCGAUCGCGAGCGCGGCGAGGGCGUCAAUAUGAGAGUGGGUGUUCAUACCGGGACAGUAUUAUGUGGCAUUGUUGGGACUAGGAGAUUCAAAUUCGACGUUUGGAGUAAUGAUGUUAGUUUUGCUAACAAAAUGGAGUCCACGGGCAAGCCGGGCCGGGUUCACAUAUCGGAGGAGACGAGCAAGUUCCUCGGCGGUUCCUACGUGUUGGAGGAGUCGGAGGAGGUUUUCGGUCAUAAAACUUACUUCAUAGAGGGCCGCCAGAUGAGCUCCCCGUACGAUCACGAUCACUGUCUCUCUCCAUCCAAUCCCAUUAAUCUCCGUCUGAUCAUCUCCCCCGCAGUUUCCCCCCAGUCCGUGCUAUCCUUUAACAACUCCCCGUUGCCGCUGUCCACUAAGACCAGUGAGUCAUCGACGGAGGAUAAGAAUCACAGGAGCGACGUGGAUCACUCUAGAAACUUCCUCUCGCCCAGCCCUUUCAACUUCCGUAACAAAGCUAGUUCCCUGCCUAGUAUUCUGGACUCGGAUACAGAGAUGGACGAGAAGAAAUGCUUCCCCGAACGUAAUGGAAAUUCAUCAAAAAGUCCCACGUCUGUUGGAAGCUACGGCAAGUAUACCAAUAAACUGAGAAACUGGAGGGUGCCGAGGUUUUUGAGGAAACAUUCGGAUGCCCCGAUGCACGAGAUGAAGAAACGAGAGCUGAGCGACAAGACCAUCCAUUUGGUCGAGAGAGGUGACGAUUGCGUGCAGUCCAAUAGAGGCUACCAUCAGGUGCCCAUCGUUAUAGAAGCUCAGGAGAAAAGGAACCAGAACAGCAGUAAACUGAACCUUCCCAAUAACCAUGAGACGGCCUUCGAGAGAGAAGUCAUCGAUAUCCGAUCAUACUUGAGCCAGUCCAGAAGCAACAUGUCGCCAUUUGCCAGAAGUAGCAGCUACAGGUCGCAGUACGGAAGAAACAACACAGAGGUGCCGGUGUGUAGAGCUCGCAGUUCCACAUUGGCUACCCAGGGCGAGCUGAUACGUCCUAAGGACCGUCGUCUGAACCUGCCGCUUCAGGCUCGGCUCGAUGAUGCGGUCAGUCUCUGUCCCUCCGUUAACAGCAGGAAGGACUCUGGUAUAAGAAGCACCAGCAGGAGGUCCAGUAUACAACAACAGAUAUUCGCUCUGAAUCACGCUCUCGCUACAUCUCAAGCUGAUAUGAUGCAGCAUCGAGUGUCCGGCUACUACACUUCAAGUCAAUCCUCCGUUAACGACCUCCCUUCCAGGGCUAGGCUUCCCCCUCCACUCAACGAGGAACAGGUCCAAUCCUUGCAGAAGCUUAGGAAACAAUCGGACCUUCAGCUGAUAAGAUGCGUCCAAGACAACGCCAGAUCUGGCAUAAAUUACUUCGUGCAGCCUCCGCUGAACAGGAUUACAUUGUUUUUUAAAUAUCCGGAAAUGGAAAUGCAUUAUCGCGACAAGGCCCACAGGAGCGACGACUGUGAAGAUUUCCCACCGACUUUGACAACGUCGAGAUUCAACACGGCGCUGGAUAUCCUCGUCUCAGCGAUAAUCUUACUCGCGGCCAUAUCUUCGAUACUGAUCGUGUAUUCAGAAUGGCAGUUCACAAUAGGCUGGUUCGCGUUCUUCAUCAUGAUAGAAGCUGUGGCGAUGGCUUUCUGCGUGUACCGACAUUACUUGAAGUGGAAGACGAAGCGCGACCCUCAUGACGUAACGGACACCAUGAGGCGAUCCGUCAAGAUAUUCAGAAACCUAUCCAAUUGGUAUCCCUGGCAUCUUUCGGGCAGUCUAUUGAUCAGUUUACCAAUUUUGGCCGUUCUGAUCAACUUCUCUUGUCAGAAUACGACUUUGACGAUUUUGAAAGGCGAACAAUCCUUCUACGUAUAUCUUCUGUACAUAAGUGUAGUUCACUUCUGUAACUUCACUCAGAUGAGUUGGUUGGUCAAGAACACCCUGGUGACCCUAUACGCCGGUCUAUUCCUUUUCUUCGCCGUUCUCGGAUGUCACGAAGCCAAUACUCAAUUACUCAAUUCCGAUAUUAAAUUAAACCCGCAGAUGGUGGCUCAAAAUAUAACUAGUUUUAUGUUGAACGUUACCUCCGACGACUUCAUGCAGAACGGCACCGUCGCUUCGGAUGCCGUUAAUCAUGAGAUGCAUUUGACCGAGCUGUAUUUGGAUAUAGCACUACUCUUGAUACUGGUCUGGUUUCUCAAUAGGGAGUUCGAAAUCAGUUACAGGUUGAGCUUCUACAGCAACGUGGUCGCGAACCGGGAUAAGCAAAGAGUACAGAAUAUGAGGAACCAGGCCGACUGGUUGCUGCACAACAUCAUACCGCGACACGUGGCGGACCAGUUGAAGAGCACCGCCAAAUAUUCGGAGAACCAUCGAGACGUCGCUAUCAUAUUCGCGAGCAUCGUCAACUUCAACGAGAUGUAUGACGAGUCUUAUUUGAAAGGAAAGGAGUAUCUGAGGGUGUUGAACGAGCUGAUCGCCGACUUCGACGAGCUGCUGGAGAGACAGGAGUUCCAGCACGUGGAGAAGAUAAAGACUAUCGGCAGCACCUUCAUGGCGGCGAGCGGCUUGAACCCGGACCUGAGAGCGCGGUCUUCCCGCGGCGCCUACGACCAUCUCUACCAGCUGAUGGACUUCGCUCUUGAGAUGCAAAAAGUGGUGGAAAAUUUCAACCAGGACCUACUCGAAUUCGACUUCAUACUGCGCAUAGGUUACAACUACGGUGACGUCACUGCCGGUGUCAUCGGCACCACCAAGUUGUAUUAUGACAUAUGGGGUGACGCCGUCAACAUCGCCUCCAGGAUGGACUCCACCGGUGUCCCGAAGCGGAUCCAGGUGGGGGAGGCUUGUAUACCAGUGCUGUCCUUGAAGUACGAGCUCGAGCCCCGCGGCAGCGUGUACGUCAAAGGUAAGGACAACAUGAACGUGUACCUGGUCGUCAAGAAGAAAGAUGACUAGACGUAGGCGAGACAGUAAAGUAGAAUCUGUGAUUUAACUAUUUAUAUUUAUACAAUUUGAAUAUUUAAGUUAGGUCUAUUUAUUGUAUGCGAGGUAAGUGUUCAAUACUCCGUACUGUGUGGAUGAGGAUCCCUUGGCAGCUGAACCUGAGCCUCCUCGACUUGCCCCUUGAAUUUAACCAGUCUCCAGUCACGACUCAAGACUUGUCCACAUGUUUCUUACUCUUGUAUAAGUUAUGUGAAACGAUUUGAUGACGGCUAGUGUGGUGAAAUAUUAAUCGUAUCAAAAUAACAAAAAACCGUAAAAAUAAUACGAUGUUUAAAAUGUUUUGAUUAGAUUAAAAGCCGGGCCGAGAGUUUUGUUGAAUUUAAAACAAUAAAUGCUUUAAUGAUUACGCGUCCAAAUAUAAAAUGUAUGACGUGUGAUGAUGGAAACACGUGGAGCGGUGCUUCGGCGGUGACUAUUGACUAUACGAUGUACAAAAUGAUAUUUGUAUAUAGAGAAAUAGAUGGAAAUGUUUAUAUUACUGUGUAGUACAACAUUCUACUUUAAUUGUUUUAAUGGGAACGUUUGAUUGAUUGAUAAAUGUGUAAGUUAUCACGUUUAUAGAGUUUCGUGACAUCGCCAAUUUAAGAGCUAUUUAAGUGAUAUACAUAUUUACAAUUUUAAUGAUACAUGUAUAUUUAAACAACAGAUCUGAUACGAGGAGAAAAAAAAUGUUUGUAAAAAAUAUAUUUCUCGUUUAUAAUUCUUAUUGAAUCUGUAGAGGUUUACAUCAACUUUGAUCUUCUUGGAGUGUUGCCAGCUUAUUAUACAUAAAUAACAUAUUAUUUUCGCCAUAUAAAGCCUGCUUAGUGAAUAAAUUUAGAAAAUGGAGGAUUAUAAAUAAAAAUAUUUCUAAUUAUUUAUAUUAUAAAAUAUUGGUACAGCGAUAUGUUUGACGAUAAGUAAGUCACGAUCAACUAGAACUUGAGGAAAUAAUUUAGUAAUUUGAUAUAUUCAGUAAAUAUAACCAACAAAUUAUCGUCCAAAACAUGUAAGUUGCAAAUUUCACAGAUAAAAUCAUAUUGUAUUAAGGAUUGUGAUUACACAGUUUAACGAAAUAAUAUAAGUACUGUUAUGUUGUGUAUCAAAAAAAACAGCUUAGAUAUUUUUAAAGUUCUAGCUCUUCCAGACUUCACUAUCGAUAAAUGUAUACGUAGAAAUUUAUAAUUUACUGUACCUCACGUAAUGUACUAUGAAUACUUAUGGAAACGACUUAUGACGUUAGCCUUAAUAUACAUUCCAGGUGUGUUUAUUCCAAAUGCCUUGUCCUUUGUGCUUAGAGGUAUGAAAGUAUUUUUCAUGACCCAGAGUCCCGCCUUGUGGCUAAAUUAAAAGAAAAACAUUAUUUCUAAAUUAAUUCGGAGAUUAAAAGAAAUCUUAUAUUGUCAAAGUACUUUUUUAUAGUAUUGUCUAGUCAAAUAUAUUAUCUGCAUCUAAUGACAUAUGUCAUAAAAAAACAAGGUCAUUGUUUAUGAUCAUAGUGAAUUAAAGAUGGCGUGGAACAUGUACGAAACCUAUUUAUUUAUAAAUCGAAUUGUAUUUCUUGUAAUUUUGGACCAAAUCUGAAAUAUUUGCUCUCUACAAAUAAUGUUUAAUAUAUUAUAUGACGUAAAUUCGUGCUAUUUAUUGAACGAGCUGCUAUGACUUUGUAUAUAUUUAUAUCUCUAUACCUAAUUUAUUUUUCAACACUAAAACAAUAUAUUAUGUGUGAAUAAACGAAGAUAUGAUACCUUUA